UCAAGUGUUAAAGUGAAAUUUUGUGGUGGUAGGUAGUGUAAUCGUCAUUCGUAGAAUUUUGUAGAAAACCUUAACAAAUAAAUGUGAUUUUUGUGUGGAAUGUUUGUAAUUCUAUCAUGAGUUACGUUCAGAAUAUUAUUGAUCGACAAUUAGGACUAUAUUAUCGCUUCAAUUACGACAUUGUUUUGAAGCGGCUAGUGGUUGAUAGUGAGGAGUCGUUCUAUGGACUUCAGAGUUCGUCUAUUGUGCCUCAGUUUGACCAUGAUCCACCUAUAUUUGCCUGUCGGUUUUCGGAGGCCCACGGCUAUGAACAUAUCCUUGCGAUCGCCAAUGAAGAUGGAAAAGUUGCAAUUCAGGACACGGCUAACAGCAGCUCGGCGGGGUCGCUGGAGAGCUUCCAGUGCCACAACAAUGCAGUGUUUGACCUCACCUGGAUGCCAAGACACAUGAACUUUGUCACUGUCUCAGGUGAUCAUACCGCUUGCUUGUGGGACAUCGCGGAGGGCUCUCCAAAGAGCAUUCAGGUAUUUUCAAACCAUACUAAAUCUGUUAAAACUGCAGUAUUCAGGCCCAACGAACCGUCUGUGUUCGCCACCGGCGCCCGAGACGGACACAUCCUCAUCUGGGACAUACGAGCCAACAGCCAACCUUCUGUUAUAUUGAAACCAGAUAACUGUCUAAUGAAUUGCCAUUCCAGUUAUGUCCCAAAAACUCCAGGCUCCCACGGAAAAAGAGCUCGAAUAGACAACCAUAGAGCAAUAAGUAUCACAGGACUGGUUUUCCAAAAUGAUCAAACGCUAAUAUCUUGCGGGGAAUGUGAUGGUAACAUCAAAGUCUGGGAUUUGAGGAAAAACUACAACAUUUAUAAACGGGAGCCACUGCCGAAACAUUCGAUACCAUAUUGCGGGAGUUCAACAAAGAAUGGUUACACGAAUUUGAUCGUAGACGACGCUAGAAUGAGAUUGUAUGCGAGCUGCAUGGAUAACGUUAUAUACUGCUUUAACAUAUCAACAUAUAAUUCUCUGCCAGAACAGAGGUACAUUGGCCAUGAAAACAGUACCUUUUACAUUAAAACUGGUCUAAGUCCCGACGGUACAUACUUGGUCAGUGGCAGCAGUGACAAAAACGCGUACAUAUGGAAUGUCAAAUAUUCUGAACCAAUUGUGAAGUUGACAGGGCAUUGGGCUGAAGUUACGUGCGCCGCCUGGUGUCCCACAGGAGAUAUGAAGAUAGUCACGUGCAGUGACGAUGCCAGGCAUAAAAUAUGGCGGAUCGGUAAAGAAUUCCCCGAUUCAGAUGUAGAAUUCAAGGGUAAAGCGGAGAUUGUUCCGCGAACAGAUGUGGGAACGAUGCCACAGUGGGGCGCUUUGGAUAAAACACCCAGUUCUUUGAAAAGAAAACUUAUUUCUACACCAAAUUCGUACAGCGCUAAAAGGUUGAAAAUAAACAUGUCCGUUAGAAAAACUAAACGCUGCUUGACUGAUCUGAUGAACGCGUCGAGAGAUGCAGAAGAUGAAGUGAGCGCAAAACGCACAAAAACUAACGACUCAGAUGAUAUCAAGCUGCUCCCGGCCGGCAUUAAAAGAAGAUUGGACACUAUAGAUGAAACAAGCCCAGUGAAAAAAUGUGUGUUGGAUUCAGAUAAAGAUUGGACGUAUCCUCCUAAGCCAGGAACAUCUUUCAUGACACCGACAAAGAAUUACGAAAAGAAAAAUGCGAAAAAUAUCUCUCCAAAAAGCCCUAGAGGUUCAUCUUCAAGUUCCAGCCACCGGUCACCCACAACACCAAAUAAAGUAAGAAUCAUAUCGUUCACAACGCCUACCAAAGAUUUGCCAAAUUUCGUUUUGAACGGAGAAGCGCCACAUCAAAGACUCAUGUCUCCCGUCAGAAAAAAACAGGAAACCACAGAUUGGUUGACGAGGAUGUCUCGAGAGAAACGGAAAGAUGUUGAAAAGUCGAAUGUCCCCGCGCCAGCCCCCUUGAGUCCCCGGGAGAACUUGCCGCAGAGGCGAGCGUCAGUUUCCGAGAAAACUCCGAAGAGUAAUAAAAAAAGCAGAACUUUAUUGAAAUAUUUUAGUGUUGCUAAGGAUAAGUGAAGUGACGUCGAGAUUAAGUAUUUUGAUUAGCGUUAAGCAUGUGAUCUGAGGGUCAAAGGUAUAAGAUAUACUUGGAUUGUAGCUCAGUGCAGUGGUACCAUUUUGCCUAACAAUAACAUCAUCAGCAACUUCAAACAAUAGCGCCUUUGUCUCAUCUAUACUCCUACUUCCUAUUAAUAUUAUAAAUGCGAAAGUUUGUGAGGAUGUGUCUGUGUAGGUAUGUCUGUUACUCUUUCACACAAAAUCUACUGGAUCGAUUCUUAUGAAAUUGGGUACAAGGGUAGAAUAUAACCUGGAUUUUAUCCCGAAAUUCUCACGAGUACAAAGCCCCUGGGCGUAGCUUGGCGUGCGUAGAAUUACCGGUCAAGGUCAGAUACAUUCAUGAGAACCAUGAGGCAUCUCGAAAUAUGCUCAUACAAACAGUUUGAAAUAAAAGGUUUUAAACGGCUUUUGAUCAAAUUGUGGUCGCCACUGUCUUUGAAUAGUCUAUCAAAUCGGACCUUAGCCGUAUCUAAGAAAUAAAUACAAACAUGGACUGAG